AUGGCUCCUGCAACUUCGCCAACAGGAGCUGCCGCCGCUCGAAAGCCUAGCUCAACCCCCGGCGAAGACACCGAGCAGCAGAUGAAGCGAACGUCCAACUCGCCUUCCGAUGCCCGACCUGCUACGUCCGAGAGAGAGAAACCUCGUCUUUCUGAGCAGGAGAAGAAGAACAAUCAUAUUGCCUCUGAGCAAAAGCGCCGGGCAGCCAUACGUGAAGGGUUCGACCGAUUAACCGAACUUGUGCCGGGUCUGACUGGUCAGGGCCGUAGCGAGGGCAUGGUUUUGCGCAAAACUGUUGAUUUCAUGCAACUCAAGGUCCAGGAGCGAAAGGAUUUGAUUGAAGAGAUCGAGCAGCGGGGAGGAAAAGUCGAUGACAGGCUGCGCAAUGUUACGGAGGCCAUUAGAUGA